AUGACUGAUAGAGCGCCUCCUAACUACUACAAGAUCCUCGAGAUCUCCGAAAGUUCCACUACGCAGCAGAUUCGCGAUGCUUAUAAGCGAGCAGCUCUCAAAACCCACCCGGACAGAGUUCCCUCAAACUCACCUGAGCGCCCGGCCCGAACACGCAAGUUUCAGCUCGUAAAUGACGCCUACUACACGCUGUCAGACACCACGCGGCGACGCGAGUACGACGCUCAGCGCAGACGGUUCGGUGGUGGGCGCAGCACUUACACGUACGAGGAGGCAGACGACCCAGAGGAAUCAGUGCCGCCUGAGACUGGAGGAGGAGGAACAGGAGCAGCGCAGAGCGCGUAUUCGUGGGCCUGGAACUUCUUCACGGGCGGGAACACCAACUCGCAACCUCAUGCGCGAGAGGCGCGGCAACAGGCUGAAGAUGCGCAGUUCGGAGAUGUAUUCGAGGAGAUGCUGCGCGAGGAGGGGCUCGCAGACCAGGAUACCAAUACUCCGACGUCCAAGUUCUGGAGCAUACUAGGUGCGGCUAGCGGUAGCGUGCUGGGCUUUAUAUUGGCGAACAUGCCGGGUGCGGUUGCGGGCGCAGUGGCGGGGAAUAGGUUGGGUGCUGUGAGGGAUGCGAAGGGCAAGAGUGUUUAUGCUGUUUUCCAGGACUUGCCGCAGGAUGAUCGAGCGAGGCUGCUGGCUCAGCUUGCUACGAGGGUGUUUAGCCAUGCCGUGGGGAUUUGA